GUUGAGCAGCGCAGCAGCCAGUUGAAGGGAAGCGGGGAGCGGACUGGAAUCCUUCGCGUACAUCGAUAAAUUAGUCAAAUUCAUUUAAAAGGCUUUUAAUACUAUGGUGGAGGCUGUCAAAUCUCUCUUUAUGCAUUGGAAUAUCGACGACGGCGUGGAUGGUUGAAUUUCGGUGUAGCAUUUUAUAUUUUCAAGAUGUACGUACCUGCUAGUCCGCUAGCUUUCCGGCUAGCCGGUCGUUAGAGUCACGCAGAGCCGACUGUGCCUGCGUCUGCCGCGGAUACUCUGGGUUAGAAAAGCCGGGGAGAAUUUUCUCCCCCCCUUUCGGACACAAACACGGCUACUGCGGCGGAAUCAGAGACUUCAGAAACGAGACGCCGGACCUGGAGGAGACCCGUGUUCAUUUCUAGUUGGAGGAUUUCUAACCAUUUUGGUGUGGAUUUUCUUCUGGGCGGCCGGGCCUGCUACAGGCCCUUCUUGUGUGUGAGCGAGCAGCAGGCAGCUCACCGCUAGCUGUAGCAGGGAAGCUAAAGCUAGCGCGUCUGAAAAUUAGCGAGCAGAGCUGCGUUACCGACCGAGUUUAUCAGCUACGGAUUUUCACCAGGAGGCCACGAUACUUUCUCUUACCUUUAACACCUUAAAGACUCCUUUCACAGCUAUGGCUACGAUCAUACAGAAGAUGGUCAGCCGAAACAAAAGGAGAUACCAGGAGGAUGGCUUCGAUCUGGACUUGACCUAUAUUUAUCCCAACAUAAUUGCUAUGGGCUUUCCUGCUGAGAGACUCGAGGGGGUGUACAGAAACAACAUCGAUGAAGUUGUACGGUUUCUGGACUCAAAGCAUAAAAAUCAUUACAAGAUAUAUAAUCUAUGUGCAGAGAGACACUAUGAUGCUGCCAAAUUUAAUUGCAGAGUUGCACAAUACCCGUUUGAAGAUCAUAAUCCUCCCCAGUUGGAGCUUAUCAAACCGUUCUGUGAAGACUUGGAUAAAUGGCUCAGUGAAAACGACAAUCAUGUGGCAGCCAUUCAUUGUAAAGCCGGAAAGGGCCGGACGGGCGUUAUGAUCUGCGCGUACUUGUUACAUCGGGGCAAGUUUGGAAAAGCGAAAGAAGCUCUGGAUUUCUAUGGGGAGGUCAGAACCAGAGACAAGAAGGGAGUGACGAUUCCCAGUCAGAGGCGAUACGUCUAUUACUACAGCUACCUUCUACAGAACCGGCUCGAUUACAAACCAGUGGCGCUGCUCUUUCACAAGAUGAUGUUCGAGACUGUGCCCAUGUUCAGCGGCGGAAACUGUAAUCCUCAGUUUGUGGUGUACCAGCUUAAGGUGAAGAUCCACACAUCAAACCCAGCACACACGCGGCGGGAGGACAAGUACCUGUUUUUUGAGUUUCCCCAGCCGCUGCCAGUCUGUGGAGACAUCAAAGUGGAGUUCUUCCACAAACAAAACAAGAUGAUGAAAAAGGACAAGAUGUUUCACUUCUGGAUAAACACUUUCUUCAUCCCCGGACCAGAGGAGAACUCGGAGAAGGUAGAAAAUGGACGUUUGUUCAAUGACCUGGAUGGCAUUCAGAGCACAGAGAGGGGGGAGAACGACAAGGAUUACCUUAUCCUGGUUUUAACCAAGAAUGAUCUCGACAAGGCCAACAAAGACAAAGCCAACAGGUUAUUUUCCCCAAACUUCAAGGUGAAGCUGUACUUUACAAAAACAGUGGAGGAACCAUCCAACUCAGAUGCCAGCAGUUCAGCGUGUGUAACCCCGGACGUUAGUGACAAUGAACCGGACCAUUAUCGAUACUCUGACACAACGGACUCAGACCCAGAAAAUGAACAGCCUGACGAUGAUCAACACAAUCAGAUAACAAAAGUCUGAACUUUUUUAGGGGGGAAGAAGAAAAAAAGUUGUACAAAGGAGAAAACUUGAAUAUGAACUGAAAGCAAGUCAUUUGUUUUUUUUUUUUUCUUUUUGCCUCCGAAACAGAAGUACACAAGCAGGACAUUUGUCAUGUACAAUGCCCCCAUUUUAAGGACACUAUUUCUGACCAAUCCUAUCACUAUUUCUGUCACCCACCUCCCCAUCACCUUUUGUAAUCAACAAAGUGUUCACACCUCCAUAGCUGGGAGCAGGGGAAGACUAGAUCAUGGGGUGGAGAAGCGUGGUGAGAACGUGCUGCUGCUUCUCCUGUUCAUACCAAGGCCAGUGCUAACAUCAGUAUCCUUCCCCCAUGUUUGCCCUGAUCCCAUUACACCAAUUGUUCAUCACACCCCUUUUUAAGUACUGUGAAAGCUUCUACUUCUGUCCAUGGACUCCCCCGAAACACCAAUCCACCCCCCACCUUUGCUUCUCCACAUAAGGAAAAUACAAAUACAGCGCAGUACAAACGUUCAGUUAGUCCGCUAGCUAACAUUGUUGCUACUAACAUCAUAAUAUUGAUUCCUCACCGUAUUAGGCUGUACAAGAUUUUAUCUGUCCGAGCCCUUCUACUUUGUCUGAAAAACACAGUACCCCCCCUCAUGUGUUGUCAGUGAUGUGUUGUUUUUAUGUUCAAGUAAUGAAACUUUAUACCACAGCAGGGAAGCCAGUGUUGCAAUAAUGUUAACAUACGAGUUGACCAGAGGUUUGCAUGCUAAUUAAACUAGUAUCCAUGUUUAAUAAAUGUACAACAAUUUUCAUUUCUCUUCCUCUGAGAGGUUUGAUGUCAUUUAGGAUUUGGUUGUAGCGAGGAGGUGGUAUAGCACAUCGUUUCACCAGGUGUAUGGUAUUAACUGUUAGGCCGUCUGCUGCGUUAUGUUUUACGUCUCAUCGGUUUCCCCUUAGGAAAACCGGUAAUGUAUUAUUUAGCUAUCACUAGCUAUCACCAAGCACGUUCUUUUCUGGGGUUCAUGUUUUAAGCUCUUGAUGUCAGUCAGUCAUGUGCACACAGGAGAAGGUUCUUCAGAAUGUCUGCUUUGCUGCGGUAAACAAUAUGGGUCAGAACUUGCUUUGAUUUCUGCAUAGCUGCAGCACAAGGCGAUCACGUCUCGGUCAACAUGCCAACCCUGCACCUGCUUGAGUGAGCAGUGCGUUGGGUGGUAAAGGGGUUUCUGUGCUUUUUAUAGGGGUUUAAUGAUACACAUAACAAAUAUUUAUUGCUCUUCAAAUGCCACAAUACAAAUACAUAAAAGGAUGAGUGACAGAUUAAAGGAAAACAUUUUUACUGUACUUUGGGCAUGGAUCUCUAACUUUGUUGUGAUGUUAGACUACAGUGUUGGUCUGAAAUCUUCCAUACAUGUGUAGUCUGAUGUUGGCACAGGCUGCAGCAAAUUAUAUCCGUUCAUUUUAAUACACACAACUUUUUAGCUGCCCCCAAAUUAACCAGUGGAUUGUGAAAUUUGAAGUGAAACCAUUCCACCAUAAUAGAUGUGUUUCAUCAUGUUAAUCAGAUGAUCAGUCAAAAGCUUUUUAUUGAUCAUCUGCAUUUAAAUGACAAUGUGACCAAAGCUAUGCCUCCUCUCUGUAGGGGAGUGUAGAGACAGAAGGGUCAAGUGUUUCAGGUCUGUUCUGUUCUCUUGGUGUAUUGUACACCAGCCACUCAAAGAAUCAAGAAAUCUUUUUGCCAUAUUAAACCAAUAUCAAGGUUAACUGGGCAUGCUCAUUUAUUACAUGCCACACAGUGCACUAGUCUGAAAGCAUCUGCACUUGUUUAUUCAGGUUAUUAUUUUUUUUUUUUUAUCUAUCCGGUGGGAAAUAAAACUACACGUUUGGAUGACGCACUUAGAAAAGUGCUGUGCUAAGAUAUUAACACUUUAAGGCAAAACAGGCUGUAAUGUAAGUUUGUAUCAGCCAAACGCUGGUACGUUGUCACUUGGCCACAAAUGACCUUACAGCCCUUACUCAAAUCUGCUCAGUCCAGCACUCAUCCAUGGUCCCUGAACACAGCCUCACUGUACUCUUUAUAGAACUGGUGUGUUUUUAUUUAAAGGCAUAUUUAUGCAUCUUUUAUUAGCUUUUAGUUUCAUAUUCCGUUCACAGAAAAGCUGGACGUUCACAGCCAUCUGAGUUCCAGUCUGCAUAAUCUUGUACUAAAUACACAAGUAACUAAGACAGUAAACCACCACUUGUGCCAUCACUGUUAAUGGUUUUCAGUACACCGCUCAGGUGGCGCAGCUGGAACCAGAGCUGGGAUCUUGAAUACAUCGUAUCAAAUCUAACCUCUGCCUGCCGGCUGGGCUGAGCAAUUACAUGUACAUUGAUUGGCCUGUUGUUCAGAUGGGGGUGGGAUUAAGCCAGAUAGGGUCUCUCUCAUAACUAAUGCAACUACGACCUCUGCUGGCUGAUUGAUGCCGCCUGCACAGAGAUGAGAAAAGAGUGUCAGGGUGUGUCUCUCCGUACACAGUGCUGAGCUGCACUGCACUCGUCAAAGUGUAGGUGAUAAGAUGCAUACGGCAUGCUGCCCACGUGUCAGAGGGGGCGUGGGUUAGCUUCGUUCUCCUCAAUCAGAGCGGGCAUCGGCAUUGGUGGAGAGGAAGCAUGACUAAAUCGGGCAAUUGGAUGCGCUAAAAGGGAGAAAAAGUGGAGAAAAUGCAUAAAAACAAUAUAUAUAUAUAGUAUGGUUUUCAGUAUGUGGUUUAAGACAUGAGCUUUCCAGAAAUCCACCCACGAACACACUAACAACGCAGGAUGCGUUUUCUGACUAAUGCCUGAGAUCUAUUUUUAUUGGUUAACUCUAUGAUGGUGUCAGUGCUUUUUACAAUAUGUGUCAUAUUCUAAUUUCUAUGUAGAAAAAAGCAAUAUUAUGUGUAUCGUUACAUCCCUAUCUGACCUGGUAGAGAACCCUGUGCUGAGAGCUCUGCAUGAGAGACCCGAGUAUGAAAUGAAAUUGUGUUAUAAGCUCUGUCAAAAAUCGUAGAUUGAAGGUUUGAUGCCGUAUUGUGCAGUUAAUCAUUUGAGUUGUUCUGAUUUUAUUUACAGUUUUUUUAAUCCCUCAGAUCCUUGGCUUCUAAAUCUGUUUGUAGCCUUAUUGUGUGGUCUAAUGAAAGCUGGAUCAUCUGUUUAUUCAAUCAGUGGUGCUUACAAACUGCCAAACUUGCAAUGAACUAUAAUUUUGAAGCCAAGUAUCUGCGUUCGGCUGCUGUUGGAAAAUGCUUUCUCUUUUUGUGAUCUGACUGUUAGGCUGCAUGUUCUCGUGCAGACUCGAGACUCCGUCUCCUGUAUUUUGUGUCUGGCUGGCUGGGUUCUCGACGUUUUUUAAAUUUUAACCCACCGUUCUUGAACAGAUUUCAUUCCUUUUGGAAUGUGAACAGUGCAGCUACAGAUUUUACACGUCUUGUACUUGCCUCAGACAUAUUAAAGCCCUGUAUCUAAGUAUUUAAAUAGAGUAUGUAUCUUUUUUUUUUUUUCUUUUUUUUUUUUUUAAGCAUGCCAAAUUUAACACCUCGAACAGUGAGUGAUGAGCCUAAAAAUGUUCUGUUCUCAGUUUCUUGGGCAGGAAUUAUCACUCAUGGUAGCAUGUGUCUUUUUUUUUCUUUCUUGACGGGCCCAGUACAUGCGCUGCACACCUUGCCUUCCUAGGGUGGAAAAUAAAAUGUUCCUGAGGUCAGAAACCAGGCUCAGCUUCUGUAGCCAAUCCAGAAAUAAAAGACAACCUAGAAAAUAAAGGAUUUUGUUAUUUGUUUACAUUUAAUUCAUGUCACUGAAAACCUGCCAAAAUUAAGCUUGAUUUUUAUUUCUCUCCUUGAUUUUGUCCGAGACGACGUGGCAUACGGGAGGUUUUCUUUGCCUUACUUGAAGUUAACUAUGCUUAUACUCUGCUUUUGCUUUCAACUCUACCAUUCUGCCCAAGCACUGACUUCAUAGUACUUAUCGAAAGCUACUAUAAUAGAGCAACAUAUUGUGCUAGACUUUUGCACUGUUACAGGUUUUUGCAGGGUUUCAGUCAGCAGUCCUCAGUAUCCCCCCUUCCCCACCUCUCCUUCCCUUUCCUCCUGGAGUAGUUUUUUCUCAGUAAAAGCCAUGAAAGCAGUGUAACAUGUGGGAGGAAAGAAGUGGAAUGAAGGGACUUGAGAGAAUUUGUUCCUCUCCUAUAAAAUCACGUAGUACUUAUGACUGAACGUUGGAGAAUGAUUCUUUUUGACAGUAUUCAUUAGACCCUCUGCAGGUAUUCUCGUCUUUUCGUUCUAUAUGCUGUUUAAUGGAUGAUUCUGUUGAGGGCCUCAGGUCUCCGGACAUCUGUAGGACAUCUUUAGCCCCCUCUGCUCAUUUAGACAAUUUAGCUACCGUACGUUGAAUAGAAACCUGGAGGAAAGAAACCUCCUGUAAUCACAGGUGUCCUUAAUGUGGCACGGGUUUAAAACAAAAAAAACAACAACAAAAAAACAACAAAACUUGUGUGGAUCUCACAGGCAACAUUUAAAAUGAUUUUGAGUUUCAGCUUUAAUUAUUAAAUAAAUAAAUUAAAUAAAGAAAUAAAUAAAUAAAGGUGCCAGUGUGUAAGUUUCAUGUCACUAGUUUUAGCUGAUUUGUGCAAUAUGCUAUGAUGCCUGUGGUUGCCACAAAGUGCCUCUUGUUUACUUAAAAAUAAGAAAAAUGUGCUUGUUUUAAGUGAAUCAGAUUUAGAACAUGUUGUCAUGCAUGUAAAUGGAACAGGAUGGUACUGUGCACUAACUCAUCUGCAGAGGGCCCGCGGGGCCUCGGCCCCCUCCGCAUCUCUAUUCUUCCCCCCUCCACUUUUCCUCUGGGUUCAGUUCCAUUUAGGCAUAAUGUAAACUGGGUAUAUUUUUAGUCAUUUGAAGAAAAAAAAAUAAGAGCCUUAUUCCAUUUCAGCCUGUUCAGAUAAUUGUGAUGUGCAACAGUUGCUCUGUGUGUAAUGCUAUGCACUGAGAAUACACAACCAACAAUGUAUGAAAUAUUGUAUAGGUUAUGUACAGGUUAUGAUGCUCAUACAAAUCAUGUUUGUUUGUAAUUGUAUGUGUAAACUGCCCUUUAUCUUAGUGUUAUAAACUCCACAUAAAUCCAAUAAAGUCUCAUUCUUGUCA